CUAAGUUUAUGACUACAACUAGCAAAGUACCCGUUGAAAUGCAACGGGAAAUCGGGCAUGAACGUAACCAUUGUUUUUUUACAGAUUUGAGAACAUGUUUUGAGCAUGAACCUUUACGACGGUAUUCACGUAUCAAGUUUUUUAUGUAUUAAUUCCGUGUAAAAACUGUAAACAUAUUAUCCUCCACCAUAAAAUCUUUCUCAUUCCUGUAACACAGAUGUUCCCAAAGUGUGGUCCAUGAGCUUUAUCACAUGGCUUGCAGUGCAACUGGUUAACAAAACAAAACAUCUAAAUUUACAAAAGAGUAGCACAGUAAUGUAAAGAACAACAGACAUAAAAAUCAUUAUGUGGUCCACCAAGUUGCUCAGAAAUUUUCAAGGGAUCCAGUAAAACUGUUGUUGGUGGUGGUAUUGGAGGAACAUCAGCCAGCUAUUUUCUUCGUGAACUGUUUGGUCCAAAUGGUGUCCACAUUGAUUUAUUUGAGCCAAACAGAAUUGGUGGAAGAUUAUCGGUGAUUGACGUCAAUGGUCGAGACUAUGAAGUUGGUGGUUCAAUAAUUCAUCCAAGGAACAAAUACAUGGUUGACUUCCUCAAACUUUUUGGACUAAAGAAAAGGCAAUCUAGAAAUUCUAGAUUAGGCCUCUAUAAUGGACGGGAGUUUGUAUUUACCGAGAGCAACUGGGGAAUAAUAACCCUUGCUAAGAUGGUAUGGAGAUAUGGUUAUGGUACAGUGAAAUUGCAGAACUAUAUUGGAGACAUGCUUAAGAAAUUUGAGAGGAUUUAUACACUUCAAGCAAAUGGAAAAUCAUUCUCAUCAGUGUUAGACUUACUGAAUGCAAUGAGUCCUCAGUUUGUAGAUUAUAUGCAUGUAUCAACAAAGGAUGGCUUGAAACAGAAUGGUUUUUCAGAAAAGAUUAUUGAUGAACUAGUCACUGCGACGCUUACAGCCAACUAUGGACAAUCAACAAGUGUUCAUGAGUUUGUUGGUUCAGUUUCUGUAGCAGGGGCUGAUGGUGGGCUUUGGGCAGUACAUGGUGGAAACAAAAUUGUGACGGAGAUGCUUCUGGAACAAUCUGACGCUACACUGAUCAAUGCUAGAGUAACGAAUGUAACCUUACGACCAGAAACUGAAGAUUUUGUAGUAGACUCUGUGCAUGGUAAAAAUUAUACUUCAUCACUGUAUGAUAUUGUGAUAAUAGCUACACCUCUCACUGAAGAUACACAAGCAAACAUUAAAUUUACAAAUUUUCCAAAGAUCUUAAAAUUUCCUGGUAUAUAUCAUAGAACAGUUUGUACUAUAGUUCAUGGAAAACUGAAUGUUACUUAUUUUGGUUUUGAAAAUGAAAAAGAUGCUGUAGAGGAAAUCUUAACUGUAAAACAAGACUUGUUGUUCAGUUCUAUAGGAAGAUUAAAUCCAGUAGAUUACAAACCUAAUGAAGGAGUUUUUGAUGUGUGGAAAGUAUUUUCACAGAAACCAUUAACAGAAGAACAGCUAAAUAACUUGUUUUUGCAUGAAAGGGAUGUAAAAGUUAUUGACUGGUUAGCUUACCCACAAUAUCAUACAAAACAAAGAAAUGAUGAAUUCAUUCUACAUAAAAAUUUAUUUCAUAUUAAUGCUAUUGAAUGGGCAGCUAGCGCCAUGGAAAUGAGUGUUGUUGGUGCAAAAAAUGUAUGUUUAUUAUCUUAUAAAGCAUGGACUGGAAUAGAAGAAACAGAAAAAACAGAAAGUGUGAAGGAAGAAUUAUGAAGUUUUCACAACAGCAGAAAAGUGAUAACUAAAAGUAUUUUUAUGGCUUUAGAAUAAGUUAUGAAACCUCCAAGUUCAACAGAAAUUUUACGGUCAAUUUAAAUGAUUCAUUUAUGUGAGAGGAAGGAUAACAUCCGUAUUAGUAUAAAAAAAUAUGAUUACCGUCUGGAUAUUGCUGACAGAAAAUAUUCGUCUAAGAACAAUUUCCACAGUCAUGUUAGCAUGAUGGUACUGAUGUAUGCCUAGCCGUAUUAGUUGAAACAUCUGUCUAGGAGUGUUCCUCAACCUUUUUACUUCAACAGCGCAUCCUAAUUUGUCAAAGAUAUAAAAUUGGGGUAUGAAACUAUACAUAAAUAUGUAUCAACAUACAAAUACUUGCCCUAUAAGAAUGAAAGCAUAUGAAAGAAUAUUACACAUGUUGAACAAAACUAUCAAUGAUGAAAGUCUGUGUGUGUGUGUGUCUGUAUUAAAAAUUAAACUAUGAAAGAUAAUAUAUUGCAACUUUCCAACUUUUUUUA